CGCUCGUUUCUUCAACGCAUUCAACCACCCCGCCGGGAUUCAAGAAAGACAAAUGCCGCGCCAACUCCCUACCCCGUACCAUGCCCCCGGCAUACUGUAUCCUCUAUUCUCCACUUCCGAGAUAUUUCUGUACUCGCCACGCGCCGGUCCGCAUCUCAAACCUUUAAUGUGCGCGGCGACGGCAAGCCUAGACGGCAGCCUUUAUACUCCCCUGUCGCAAGCCCAAACGCUUCGAGAAGCCUCGACGUAAUGCAUAAGACGUUUUGACGAGGCGGCGCGUACCUGUUUUGCCAGAUGUGGCGGCGGUUCUUCGCUUGCGGUGCUUUGGUGUUGGUGCCCUUACACGAGGCGUCAUGUAAGGAGGUCUCUUCCCUUUUAGAACUUACAGGUCUUGCGCAUGCGCAUGCAUUGGGGAGACGACAUGGCCUCGAUUUCGUUGGUGGGGUCGGGGGUGCAUGUGAUGAGCGUGGCUGCGAUGAUGGUUCGGACUUUGGGGAGUCGAGCAGAAUGCAUCUUGUCGCUGACGCGUGGUGGAAUGUGAUGUUCGGAUUUAUACCGACAGGGACGGUUGAGCGUGCGCUGAGAAUUCGAGAACGUGGCUUUUUCCUGAUCUGGCUACUCCAGAAUGUGGAGCCAUAGCAACGAUAGUCGCUGCAGUGAGGGACGAUGAGAAAAGAGUGAAAGUGCUUAACAGGACUUACUUAUUAGGACUGUAAGACGGAGUGGUUGGGUUGCCCUCAACAGGCAUACCCGCUGUAUGUUGCACCUGCCUUGGGAAAUGGCUACCUCUCCAGGGCCGUGCUGGCUGUGAACUCCACUCAUAGAAAGUGUGUCCCAAAAGAAAGUUCUUGGGGGCCGAGGCUGGUGUUUGUUUGCAAGUCCUCAAAUCUCCGCCGCG